UCAGCACAUACGGUAAAUGUAAAUGUCAGCAACGAAAUACGACAAUUAGCUAAAGGGCGCGAGCAGAGCAUUGACGAAGGUUCCUAGAAACAAAACUAGAUGCUAGCAUGCGAGCUCUUGAGUUAGAAGACGCCAGUGACUUUCAUGUAGGACCACUAACACUGACAUCCUUACGUGUUCAAAUUUAGGUGGCACUUGCAAUUUACUUAAAGGCCUUGGGAACUUACUUGUGGUUGCUCUCAACCUAGUCGGGCUUCUGUGAUGCUAACGAGCCGUGUUUCAAGUUGCGAUCAUUCACCGUUAAAGUGGGCACAAUCUAGCACCGUCCUCCGUAACCGCUUGUGCAUGAAGAGUCUGAAGAGCUUUGCGCACGAAGAACGAAUACUGUCUUCCUUGCAACUUGCUAAGUCUUCGUGUCCAUCUCUCACACUAUGGCGGCGGGCAAGUAUAGCAUGUUUCAACUUGGCAGAGCGCACCUCUUGUUGGGACAACAGGACUCAUACUCUCGCUUUACCAUGAGCACUCGCCGCGAUAGCCGGCCUUCAUUAGUACAAACAUCUACCGAGCUUAACUGCCGGAGACCCAGCGCCCACUGAAAAGGCAACACAUGUGUUGAGGUCAGUUGUACCUCACCACGAUAUG